AUGAACUUGACCCCUUUCCGACGACCUGCCACACUUCUCCUCUACCUCUCCCGCCAUUUCACCACCACCACAACCACCUGUUCCCUCAAACACCCACCACCACCACCUUUUCCAAGCACCAUCAACGCAAUGGACCUCACUUCCCCACCCCCCGAGGAACCCCCCUCCUACAUCGCCGCCGCCCGCAGCCACGGCAUCCCCCUCCGUCAAUCAGCCCCCAUCAAACCCGGCCCCUUGCCGCUUCAACUCCCCAUCCUCAACCACCUCCGCACCAAGCGCGUGAUUUUAGCCUCUGCCUCCCCCCGUCGAAGAGCAAUGCUCAACCAAAUCGGCCUCACAAACCUCGAAGUCUGGCCUUCAAACACCCCCGAGGACCUCGACAAGAAAACACACUCACCAGAGGAGUACGUCUCAGCCACCGCCCGAGCAAAAUGCCACGCCGUCUACGAAGCCGUCCUCGCCGCCCAGGCCAAACCAGACGCCACCAAGGAACAUUUGGAAGAUCCAGCUGUUGUCAUUGCAGCGGAUACAAUCAUCGCCACCCGCGCAGGGCAGAUAUUGGAAAAGCCAAAAAACGAACAAGAUCAUGUUCGGAUGCUGACGCAUCUGAGGGAUGGGAGGUAUCACCGGGUUUUGACGGGGGUUUGCGUCAUGGCGCCAAAGGCGGAUGCGAGUCAUCCGGGUUAUGAGAUUAGGGGGCAUGUGGAGGAUACGAAGGUUUACUUCGCGAGGGAGGAGGACGGGUUGCCGGACGAUGUUAUUGAGAGUUAUGUCAGG